GGGAGAUCGCUUUUGGACAAUACUCCCUGCGAGCUAUGUCAGACUUUCGUGUCCUUCCGCACUAUUCUGACCCCUUCGCCAGCGUGGCCACCGACGUGGAUUGGUCUUUGCGACCGUUGUCUGUCACAGUUCCUUCUAAGGGAUGCAUUUGGUGACUACCCCCUCAACCAAAGGGCACGAGGAGGAGUUCAAUGAGGUGACAUCAAAGUACGCCCUGCUCUUCCAGGAGAUUGAGCAAAAGUUGCUCCUGAAUGAUCUUCCAAAGGUAAACCAAUGAUGUCGAACAAGUUGUUGCAUUAUUUCUUUUGCAAAGCUAUGGAGUUACUGUACAGUAAAUGAUGCAACUGCGUGGAUCCAAGGUUGCUUCACAUGGAUCAUCGGAUCCACUCGCUGGUCCUUGCAAGCGAUCAGCAGUGGAGUCACCACGAGGUGCGGCACCAGCGCCUGGAAGGCCGUUUGGAGGCACUGGAGGGGCUUCGACUCCAUGGCCGUGUCGCCCAGUCGGGAAGUCCUGAGAGCUUUCGACAUUCGGCCGUCCACGGGAAGGAGAUGAACGGCGAAGCGAAGCAACUCGUGGAGCCUGGAAGGGGCGCCGUUGGCGACGUGAGGACGUCGCGAGGACGUCCAGCGAGGACAUCCAGCGAGGUGUCCACGUCAUCCAAAGAGACGUUGAGCUUCAACGGAGUCUUCUCCAACUCCUUGAACGACUGCCGAAGUUCGGUUUCACAGAUCUUGGUUCGCUUGGCUGGCGUUGAAAGUCAGCUUCAAGAACUCAAGAAAAUCCUUGGUGAAAGCAAGUCACAGCAGCAAGAGAGUCUUGAUCGAUAUCAUAAGCUUAUUUGCAAAGAGAGCAAAAUGGCUGAGCGCAUUGAUGUCCUGCAGCAAGAAGUCUCUCUAAUGUCAGAGACGACGAAGAAAAGGAAUUUUCUGGUGGAGGAACACGGGGACGUCCACCUUUCACGCCUUGAGAAGCUUGAACGGCAGCUGGUGGGCUUGUCAAAAGAGUCUACAGACAUGCAACUGGAGCAGAAGCAUCUUCGGAGGUGCGUUGGACGCUGCGAGCAGAUCAAGAACGAUAUGCCAACGCUGGGGUCUAUUGAGGAAGAAGUUCAAUCUGCCCACGUGAGGGAGGCUGCACUGUCUGAAAGGCUGGACUAUGUUCUAAAAUUAGCCAGCUCCAAAACCUCCUUCUCAGACGCCUCCAAGGCUGACAUUAGAGCCUUGGUCCAAAGCGAGUUGACAAAGCAUGUUGAGCUAGAAGGUCUUCGAGCAGUCACCACCCAGCACACGUUACAGUUGGAGGCCCUCCGCCAUGAGAUCGGUGGGCAGAGUGCUCGGGGUUCUGAAGAUCUCAAGCACCUGCGCCACUCCAUCGCCGACACUGAUGCAAGCUUGCAGCAUGUGCUGGAGAGCAAGGAAACGUUGGAGCGAGCAGCUUUGGCAACUUCCAAGCGCUUAGAUGAACUUGAUGCUCAGAUCACUUGCAACAAAGAGCAACGGGUACAGAGUGAGAUUGAACUUUUCGCAUCACAUCACAAGUUUCAGGCUGCUCUGCAGAAGCAAACGGUUCGGACUCAGAGCCUUGAAGAACGUUUAGUCAGAUGUGAAUGUUUGCUCAGCCGAACGUCUCCGCUGCUGUGAAGAA